UUUCCGUCGGGGCGGCGCUGGGAGGAGGACCAUGGCAGAUGACGUCCUUCACACACCUCACAACACAACUGAGUAAAUGAUCUUCAAGUGACAUGAAUAUUUUACCAAAGAAGAGGUGGCAUGUGCGGACUAAGGAUAACAUCGCACGUGUGCGUCGGGAUGAAGCCCAGGCCGCAGAAGAAGAGAAGCAGAGGGUCCAAAGGGCCAAGCUUGCUGAGCAGGAAGCCCGAACUGCCUUCCUGAGAAACAAAGCUCGGUCAAACUAUGAUGGAGGGUAUGAGGCGCCCCCAACAACACUGUCCAAGAAAGCUCCAGAAGCAGACAUUUACACAUCUGAUGGAAACAUCAACUUCUUCAAGGACCUGGAAGAUGGAAAACAAACUGGGGCAUCAAACAAGGAACAUGAAGAGGAGAAAAAAGCUGAACAAGAAAAGUAUGAGAAGAGCAUAGGUUACCUGACCUACCUUGGUCAAGACUCUGUUGAAUCAAAAGGAGGCAAGGCUUGGUAUGAACUUGAUACUGGUAAAAUUACACAGAAAGAUGAUGCAGGCUCAGAAUUCCAAGAGGUCGGAUUGAAGAGUAAGAAUAGAAUGGACCCAAUUAAUGAUAUCAUCAAAUAUGCUGGCCUAAAACCAGCAAAGAAGUUUGUACAAGCACCUAAAACCACGACAGAAAUUAUUAAGUGUGAUAUAUAUUCUGUACCAAAGGUGGAGAAUAAUUUCCUAAAUGAGGUCAGAUCAACAAAACCUUAUAGAGACCGGGUUAAAAAACACAAGAAAAAACACAAACGGGGCCAUAAGAAGAGCAAGAAAUGUAAGAAAAAAAAGUUAAGUGAUAGCAAAAGAGCAGAAUACUACUCUGAUGAUGAUGAUGAUGAUGAUGAAACUGAAAGGAAAGGAGAGAGAAAACUAUAUAAAGGAUCUAAGCGAAAAAGAGAAAGUAGCAGUGAUGAGUAUGAUGGUGAUUCUAGGAAGAGAAAGAAAACCUAUGAUAGAUGUAAGAAAAGAUGUAAAGAUAAAUGGAAUAGCAAAAACAGACACAGUAGGAAGAGUAGAAGUAGCAGCAGCAGUGGAAACAGUUGUGACAGCAGUAAUAGUACAAUAAACAGCUCCUCACAGUACAGCAGUGAGGACGAGGAAAUUGCAAAAGAAAAACAGAGAAAACUUGAGAUUUUACGAGCGGAGAGACUAAAACGAGAGGCAGAGGAGAGACGAAAAGCUGAGAGACUUCUUGCAGGAAAGAAGCCUGAGGCUCCUGAUGCUUCUAGUGACCCUAAACCACCCUUUCAGCAGAAAUAUAAUUCACAGUUUAACCCUCACUUAGCACGCCAGAACCAGGAGUCCAAGACUUUAGAAGCUGGAGUGAAGUAUUGGCUACAGUAAAAUUAUUUUUGUCGAUUACCUUAAGACUUCCAGUGUAAAUUGGUUCCUACACACUGUAUUGGAUUUUGAAAAGGGUAGAAAUCUCAAGUGCACAGCUUGUUUACUUUACAUGUAGCUUUACAUUUUAAAUUUACUUAAAUGUCAAUACAGUACUUAAACAACAGAUGGGUGCGAGGUUAUCAAAGAAGGGAGUUAGACCCUAUAAUUGUUGGGAAGUCAAAGCAUGUGCAUAGAGAAAUGAAAAAAAAUUAAACUUGUUUAAUCUAGGUAUAGUGCAGUAUUUUAUAAAUUAAUUUAUAGGCAAUGAUAUGACAGUUUGAUUAGUGUUUUGUUUGAGAAACAAAAUUAAUAUGAAAAUAUUUGAAUAUUUUUUAAUUGGACUUGCCAUGAUUGAACAAGGAUUAGUAACACAAUGUAAAAGAAAAAUAUACAUUAAAUUACAAAAUAUAAAGUAUAAGUAAUACCAUUUAAUAGUAAAAACUAGUUGCAAGUCAAGCAACAGUAGGGACAACUAACUCCUGUCAGGGCAGUCUGCUAUGGUUUACUCAUAUGAAUUAGUUGAUACAGUGAUCCCUCGGUUAAAGAACGCCUCGGUUAACGAAAUUUCAGUUAACGAAUUACCUUCCAUAAGAUUCUUCACUUCGGUUAACGAAUUCCUUACAAAUUUUUCCCAA